GUUGAAAAAGAGAGAAUGAACAAAGGAGGGGGAGUGGGAGGUGGAGUUGGUCUUGGAGGUGGUGGUGGUGGUGGCAGUGGGCCAACAGCAGCAGCUGCAGCAGCUGCCGCUCAGAAGCAGAAGACUCUGUUGCAGAGAGUUGACACUGACAUAACCAACAUGGUUGACAAUUUCAGUCACUUGAUUAGUGUUGCUAGGGUAAAUGAUCCUCCAGUCAGGAAUUCACAAGAAGCAUUCAUGAUGGAGAUGCGUGCAGCUAGAAUGGUUCAGGCAGCAGAUUCACUCCUAAAAUUGGUGUCAGAGCUAAAGCAAACGGCCAUCUUUUCAGGUUUUGCAUCCCUCAAUGAGCAUGUUGAGCAACGGACUAUUGAGUUUAACCAACAGGCAGAGAAAACAGACUGUAUACUGGCUAGAAUUGGAGAGGAAGCAGCUGCUAGCCUAAAAGAGCUCGAAGCCCAUUAUUAUUCAUCCAUUCAGAGAACGGAUCAACCUGAACCUUGAGGUUUAUAAAGACACCACCAAUUCUUCAUGUUCUUUUCCCUAGUGCCGGAGACAUGCAGUAGUGUUUGAUAGAUCCAAACUGAUACAUUGACAAGUUGACUGCUUUGAGAUACAAUCCUUU